AUGCUCAAAAGUAAAACAUUACUUGCUUAUAUUUUUAGAUACAUUGACAUUUCACUCUAUUCAUUCAUGAUUUUAGCUUAAUUUUUCAUCAGUUUAGUAUUUAUUCAUUAAGCCUCUUCUCAUAGAAGUGUUUGCUGGACCAAUCAGAAAUAAGAACAUUUCAAAGUCUAUUAAAUAGUGAAUUUCUUGGCUUUUGGUGUUUCUGAAUUUGUACCUAUUGCACUAUGGACUGCUUUGAAAGCACCUGAAGAUUUCUUUAACCUUUAUAAUGUUCUACCUAUUCAAAAGUUCUCAAUAUUUCAAUCAAGAAUUGGGGAAGUAUUGAAAAAUUCUAGACUUUCAGUUAAGAGUUUCUAGCAAGAUGAUGAUGGCAGAAAUUCAAUAUAUGAUUCUAGAAAUUCAGAAACCGAUGAGUUGCUCUAUAGUAGAUAUGAUGAAGCUAAGUCUUUUUGA